UGUUUCUCAACCCGUGCGGGGUGUCACGUGACGGGACGUGGCCCGGUGACUUUCCGUCGGUCCAAAACCGAAACUAAACGAACGGCGGCGAAGUUUCCUUUCACAGAAAAGAAGCUUUUUGUUUUAGUUCUUCUUCAUCAUCAUCUGCGACCUCGUGACCGGCGGCGGAAAGGGGAUUCAACUCCAGGAGGAGGAAGAGGAGGAGGACUAAAAAAGGGACUCGAACCUGUGUUUCUGUUCCACUUAAAUGAAAGCAGAGUCCUGGUUAUGGAGCGGUGAGGCGGUGACUCACCUGUAACUCCGCCCGGCUGAAGACAGCCGACUAUAUUAAUAUCUAACCAGAUGACAUCGAGCCACAGCCCUGCUGACACCUCUGGAAACAAGAUGUCUGACAACAAAACCAUCGUUUUCUUUGACCUGGAGACCACCGGAUUAGACACCACGGUGUGUGACAUCAUCCAGUUGUCGGCGGUCUGCGACGGGAGGACCUUCAACGCUUACAUGCUCCCGCAGCUCGAGCUCACGGACAGCGCCAGGCAGGUGACGGGCUUCACGGUCGUCGACGGCGAGCUGAAGCGCCACGGGGCGCCCGUGACCACGGAGCCCCUCGCCGAGGCUUUCGGCUCCUUCCUGGACUUCCUGCGCUCCUUCCCCCGGCCCGUGCUGCUGGGGGCCCACAACGCAAAGUUUUUCGACGCCCCCGUGCUCCGCAGGGUGCUGCGGCAGCUCGGCCUCCUGGGAGAGUUCCGGAAGGUGGUGUCCGGCUUCGUGGACACCUACCCGAUGAGCAAGAACCUCUUCACCCUGCCCAGCUACUCUCAGGAGAAUCUGGUGCGCCACUUCCUGAUGAAGUCCUACGACGCCCACAAUGCACUGGAGGACGCGGCGAUGCUGGAGGAGCUGUUCAACAAGUGGGCUCCCAGCACGCAGGCAAUCUCCAGGGUUACCUACGGCGUCUGAGGAGAGAGAAGAGCCUCAGCCAUGACGACUACAGUUAUUCCAUUUAAAAGUGAAGCUUUCCUUCUCAGUUUUACUUCUCGUCUUGUACCCUCCUGGACGGACGGACUGUUGUUUUAAACACUUAUGGGUAGAAUCAAAUUAUUGGGAUUUGGAGGUGUAUAAAUGUGUGUCACACCCCAGAUUUUGAGAUAUUUUAUGUGCAUAGGGGUGCAGGGGUGGGUAAUAUAUUUUCCCAAGGAGCCACAUGGGAAAUUGAGAUAGUUAAGGGAGGGCCGAACCAAUUGGCUGAACUUAAUUCUGCUCAUAUUGUAAUACUUUAUUUUAACAAACAGUAAAUCAUGUGGUUUUAUAUUUAUAAAUAAUGUCAAAAAAUGUCUUUUUUUUCCUUUAACCCAUCCUUUAAAUAUUCUGGAAGGUUCCUCAUGCAGCUUUAUCAUUGAUUUUAACUUGUGAAAUCACUUUUGGAACAUCUUCAAGGGUUUUGGGAAAUUAGGGGAUUAACUAUGACAAGAACGAGUUGAGUGGAUCCACGAGCCGUCGGUGUCAGGAAGGUAACAUUUAUUUAUUAAAGCAAUGUUCUUACAGUCUUUUGGUAGUUUUAGUGCUCUGUUCAGAUGUCUAGUUCAUAAGCAAUAUUAAACAUUUUACUCCAUGUAUCGAACAGUUUAGAUUAUUGUGCAGAUUCAGAUAAUAUAUGUAACAUUUAAUAAAAUAAUAAAAUAAUAAAUGAU